AUGCCAUUGACCCUCGCUAUUUCCCUCCUAGUAGGGCUGAUAUCCUCAACAACAGCGGAAACCAUUCUAGGUGUCACAGUCUUCACUCGGAAUGGCGACCGAACCCCAAAGCACUACCCCGAUCCUGCACUGACAAACCUGGGCUUCCAGCAGAACCUGCAAGUCGGCUCCGACUUCCGCGACCUGUAUAUCGAUCCCAGCUCGCCUAAGCAGAUACUUGGAUUCUCAAAGGACAAAUACCUCUCUUCACAGGUCCACGCGUCUGCGCCUGCCGAGCGAGUCCAUCUCAAUGCCGCAACUGCAUUCCUCCAAGGGCUAUACCCACCACUCGACGAAAAGACAACAUCAGAAACACUAAACAAUGGGUCAACUAUCCCUGCUCCCUUAAACGGACAUCAGAUUCCCGUAAUCCACGCAGAGGCCAGCGACAGCCCCAGUUCAAUCUGGAUAAACGGCGCAAAAGAGUGCCGUGGCAUAACAAAAUUCCAGAAGGGAGUACUCCAUAACUCAACCUACACCGAUAGAGUCAAUUCCACUAGACUCUUCUACGAGCAAUUCUGGCCCUUGCUGAGGAAUGUCUCGGACUAUGAUAACAAAUCUAACCUCUCCUAUGAAAACGCCUACGAUGUCUUUGACCUCAUCAACGUCGGACUUAUCCACAACGCCUCAAUGCUCGAUGCUGUUAACGCGACUGAUCUGUUGCAACUGCGCACGCUGGCAGAUUCUCGUGAAUUUGAUAAAGCUUUCAACGCAGACACAGACAACCGCAAGGGCGCCGUCAGUGCACGUACCCUCUCAGCUGCUAUAACCACCCGACUUAACGAGACAAUAACCUCAAACGGAACAACCAAAUUCUCCCUCUUAUCCGGUGGAUACGAGCCAAUGCUGGCCUUCUUCCGGCUCCAUGAUCUCACAGCUGCUUCGCCCGAUUUCUACGGUCUGCCGGAGUAUGCAUCGACGAUGGCCUUUGAAUUAUUUACCAACGAAGACGUCACAACAUUCCCAGAUACCGACGACGAUCUAGAAGUCCGCUUUUUAUUCCGGAACGGGUCAAGCACAGAUAGUAAUCUCACAGCUUUCCCGCUUUUCGGGGGGAGCGAUAUAUCACUCCCCUGGACUAAAUUCGUACACGACAUGGCCCGAGUCUCAAUUGAUACACCAGAGGAGUGGUGCGAGAUUUGCAACCCCAGUCCGGAACAGAAACCAUUCUGCUCCUCAUUCCGAGACUCAUACUACCCAAGCCAAGAAGCGUAUCAUCAUGGACACAAGGGGAUCUCGAAUGCAGUAUCCGGUAUUAUUGGAGCUGUGGUCAUGCUGGGUACUAUAACCGCUGCUGCGGGGGGUGCCUUCUUCUUUUUGAGGAGGCGGUGGGCGAGGACUGGGCCUGUGGGUAGUUUGUUGGGUGCUGGGGUGCCCAGGAAGGGGAGUGUUCGGAGUUUAACGUUGAGUAUUGGGAGUGAGAGGGUGAGGGUUUGA